AUGACGGGAGCUUUGCACUGCUGCUCCCAGAGGGCGCAUCAGGGACUCUGGACCUUGAGGGCAAAGUAUAUCUCUCAGUGCAUCGAUGAAAUCAAGCAAGAACUGAAGCAAGACAACAUCGCCGUGAAAGCAAAUGCAGUCUGCAAGCUGACGUAUGCAAAGUAUAUCUCUCAGUGCAUCGAUGAAAUCAAGCAAGAACUGAAGCAAGACAACAUCGCUGUGAAAGCAAACGCAGUCUGCAAGCUGACGUAUUUGCAAAUGUUGGGGUAUGACAUCAGCUGGGCUGCCUUCAACAUCAUAGAAGUGAUGAGCGCCUCCAAGUUCACAUUCAAGCGCAUCGGCUACCUCGCUGCUUCCCAGUGCUUUCACGAAGGAACUGACGUCAUCAUGCUGACGACUAACCAGAUCCGCAAGGACCUGAGCAGCCCCAGUCAGUACGACACUGGUGUGGCACUGACCGGCCUGUCCUGUUUUGUUACCCCAGAUCUUGCCAGAGACUUGGCCAACGACAUCAUGACACUGAUGUCGCACACCAAGCCAUACAUCCGGAAGAAGGCUGUGCUGAUCAUGUACAAGGUGUUUCUGAAGUACCCCGAGUCUCUGCGCCCCGCCUUUCCCCGCCUGAAAGAGAAGCUGGAGGACCCUGACCCUGGGGUCCAGUCGGCAGCGGUCAACGUCAUCUGCGAGCUGGCCAGGCGCAACCCCAAAAACUACCUUUCCCUGGCCCCGCUGUUCUUCAAGCUGAUGACCUCCUCCACUAACAACUGGGUCCUCAUCAAAAUCAUCAAGCUGUUUGGUGCUCUGACCCCCUUGGAGCCGAGGUUGGGCAAGAAGCUGAUCGAGCCUCUCACCAACCUGAUCCACAGCACGUCUGCCAUGUCCCUUCUCUACGAAUGUGUGAACACCGUCAUCGCAGUGCUCAUCUCGCUGUCCUCCGGCAUGCCCAACCACAGCGCCAGCAUCCAGCUUUGCGUCCAGAAGCUGAGAAUAUUAAUAGAAGACUCCGAUCAGAACUUGAAGUACCUGGGGUUGCUGGCCAUGUCCAAGAUCCUGAGAACACACCCCAAGUCUGUGCAGGCCCACAAGGACCUCGUCCUGCAGUGCCUGGAUGACAAGGACGAGUCCAUCCGGCUGCGUGCCCUCGACCUCCUGUACGGAAUGGUGUCCAAGAAGAGCCUGAUGGAGAUCGUCAAGAAGCUGAUGAGCCAUGUGGACAAGGCCGAGGGCACGGCGUACCGGGACGAGCUCCUGACCAAGAUCGUCGACAUCUGCAGCCAAGCCAACUACCAGCACAUCACCAACUUUGAGUGGUACAUCAGCAUCCUGGCGGAGCUGACCCGGCUGGAGGGCACCCGCCACGGCCACCUCAUCGCCUCACAGAUGUUGGACGUGGCCAUCCGCGUAAAGGCCAUCCGCAAGUUUGCCGUGUCGCAGAUGUCCGUGCUGCUUGACAGCGCCCACCUCCUGGCCAGCAGCACCCAGCGCAACGGGAUCUGUGAGGUGCUCUACGCCGCUGCCUGGAUCUGCGGAGAGUUCUCUGAGCAUCUGCAGGAGCCCCACCAGACCCUGGAGGCCAUGCUGCGGCCCAAGGUCACCACCCUGCCAGGCCACAUCCAGGCGGUGUACGUGCAGAACGUGGUGAAGCUGUAUGCGUCCAUCCUGCAGCAGAAGGAGCGGGACGCGGACGCUGAGGCGGCCCAGGAGCUCACCCGGCUCAUGGUGGAGCGGCUGCCCCAGUUCGUGCAGAGCGCAGACCUGGAGGUCCAGGAGCGGGCAUCCUGCAUCUUGCACCUUGUCAAGCACAUCCAGAAGCUUCAGGCCAAGGACGUGCCAGUGGCAGAAGAAGUGAGUGCCCUCUUUGCCGGGGAGCUGAACCCCGUGGCUCCCAAAGCCCAGAAGAAGGUUCCGGUCCCCGAAGGCCUGGACCUGGACGCCUGGAUCAAUGAGCCGCCCUCUGACAGCGAGUCUGAGGACGAGACGCCCAAGGCCAUCUUCCACGAUGAGGAGCAGCGACCCGUUAAGCAGCGGCCACCUGAGGCCGACGAGGAGGAGCUGGCCCGGCGUCGAGAAGCCCGGAAGCAGGAGCAGGCCAACAACCCAUUCUACAUCAAAAGUUCCCCGUCUCCCCAAAAGCGGUACCAGGACUCACCCGGCGUGGAGCACAUACCCGUGGUGCAAAUCGACCUCUCGGUGCCCCUGAAGGUGCCAGGCCUGCCCACGUCCGAGCAGUACGUGAAGCUGGAGGAGCAGCGGCGGCACCGACAGAGGCUGGAGAAGGAGCGGCGCAGGCAGCGCAGGAAGGGUGCGAAGGGCAAGCCACGGCGCCACAGCUCGCUGCACACCGAGAGCGACGAGGACAUUGCCCCGGCCCAGCAGGUGGACAUCGUCACCGAGGAGAUGCCCGAGAACGCUCUGCCCAGUGAUGAGGAUGACAAAGACCCCAACGACCCGUACAGGGCCCUGGACAUAGACUUGGAUAAGCCCUUAGCCGACAGCGAGAAGCUGCCAAUCCAGAAACACAGAAACGCCGAGACCUCCAAGUCCCCUGAGAAUGAGGACGUUCCCGUUGUGGGAAAGAAAAGCAAGAAGCCCAAAAAGAAAGAGAAGAAGCACAGAGAGAAAGAGCGGGAGAGAAAGAAAGAGAAGGAACAGAAGAGUGAAGACUUAGAUUUCUGGCUGUCCACCAUGCCACCGCCUGCCGCAGCCCCAGCCCUGUCCACGGAAGAGCCAGGGGCGAAUGCCACUGUCACUGCCGCUGAGGAGGAGCACGAAGAGCCACAGCAGGGUGACGAGGGGGAGGAGGAGCGAGACCGCGAGAAGAAACCUUCCAAGCAUAAGAAGAAGAAGCACAAGAAAUCCAAGAAGAAGCCACCUGCGGGCGACGGGGCGGCGGAGCCCGUGGAGAACGGCACGCUGGAGGAAGAGCCUCUCCCGCCCAUGUCCAGCUACUGCCUCCUUGCCGAGAACGCCUACGUUAAAAUGACAUAUGACAUCCAGGGCAGCCUGCAGAAAGACAGCCAGGUCACUGUGUCCAUAGUCCUGGAGAAUCAGAGCAACAGCUUCCUGAAGAGCAUGGAGCUCAAUGUGCUGGACUCGCUCAACACCAAGUUGGCCCGGCCCGAGGGCUCCUCCGUCCACGACGGCGUCCCCGUGCCUUUCCAGCUGCCCCCAGGCAUCUCCAACGAAGCCCAGUUCGUGUUCACCAUUCAGAGCAUCGUCAUGGCCCAGAAGCUCAAGGGGACCUUGUCUUUCAUUGCCAAGAACGACGAAGGCUCCACGCACGAGAAGCUGGACUUCAAGUUGCACUUCAGUUGCACGUCAUACUUGAUCACGACCCCGUGCUACAGUGACGCCUUUGCCAAGUUGCUGGAGUCUGGGGACCUGAGCAUGAGCUCAGUCAGAGUCGAUGGCAUUAGCAUGUCCUUCCAGAACCUCCUGGCAAAAAUCUGUUUUCACCACCAUUUUUCUGUUGUGGAGCGUGUGGACUCCUGCGCCUCCCUGUACAGCCGCUCCAUCCAGGGCCACCACGUCUGCCUGCUGGUGAAGAAGGGCGAGAAGUCCGUGUCGGUGGACGGGAAGUGCAGCGACUCCGCCCUGCUCAGCGGCCUGCUGGAGGAGGUGAGGGCGACGCUGGCCAAGUGCUGAAUGCGUGUCGUCUGAGGCCACCGCUCACGGACAGGCUGCGAAGGAGGGACGGGUUCCAGCGCUAGGUUUCUCCUCUGUCGCAUGUGUUCAUCCAGCCCGGCGUUCAUCUGAGGCCACCAUGUCGCCAGUCAAACAUCGAGGUCGUGUGUUCGUUGAUUUCUCCUGUCAUCUCUAUUCUUUUGACCCUCCCCCUGAUCUUCGGGGAGAAACCCUGUUCCCGUCCGCAGACCAGCAGUGGCCCCUGUAGCAGGGGCCGAGCGCACUCAGCCGCAGGGGCCGCCUAAGGAGUGAGCGUGGCUGCCAUCCAGGCCAGGACCUGGAGGCUCCUGGGCGGGGGGCGUCCUGCUUCUGUGAAGUCAUCCAGUCCCACAAGUCCCCAAGUCCCCUGCUCAGUGGCACUUGGAGGGUGAAGAACAGCAAGCUGCUUACCACAGUGACACUCCCCUUCACCCCUCAUGGCCACGGGUCAGGUUCUCUCUCCCCAGGAUGCGUGAUGGGAAGGGGGUCAUGCGGGCCACCAUCCACUGUGUCCUCUGUGUCUCACCACCAUGUUCUGUGUCGCACUGCCAUGUGUGUGCUGGGUGGAGAAUGGCAGCAGGCACUGAGGCGGAGGUGGGGGGCUAUCACCAAGGGUCGGGUCCCCUCAUGGAGCAGGACUAGACCUCGUUGGUCCUAUUGUUUCCUGUUCAGCAGAACGUCCCAGUGGGCGCUGUUGGGGGUCAGUGGUGGAGCACUACAAUUCCGGAUCCCCUUCCCUUGUCCCUGAAUGUGCCACAGGGUUUGUCCCCAUGUCGUGCCUGCAGCUGCCAGGAGGGCCCAGUCCUGGGCUCCAUGGCCUCAACAGCGAAGCACAUGUGUCGUGGGGAGGCUAGGUCCCUGCAAUGCUCCUCCUAGGCAGGGUGGGGACCCAGCCCCUGGUGAGACGGGGCUCUCCUCAGAGGUGACCGUCCUCAGUGACAUUUUAACUUUCCUUUCGAUGAAAACUGUCACUUUAGCAUGUAGAAUAAUCUAUUGCAGAAUCCUGUGCAGUGAUUCUAGAAUCUCGAAAUCGUAUGACGUGUUACAUAUGAAUUUAUUUGCUAUCGACAUUCCCACGUAAAGGAGUGAGAGACAUAUCACGCUGCUGUAAUGAUUUUGUGUCGAGAUGAUCCAAUAAACUUGCAAAACAGA